AUGGCUGCCAUCAUCAACGCCACCAGGGCGUACUCCACCCUCGCGGCGCCGCGCGCGUCGACCGCGCCCGCGAAGCGCGCGCGCGCGUGCGCGGCGCGCGUCGCGAAGAAGACGCGCGGGUCCGUCGCGACGCGAUCCGCGUCCCAGGACGAAGCCGCAGUCUCCCCGAACGCGUCCGUGUCGCUCUCGUGCAGCAUCGACGACCCGUCCUCGUGCUCGCUCGCGGACCUCGAGAUGCUCUACAUCGACGCGCUGUGGAACUUUUACAACGGCGGCAGCUUCACGCUCUCGGACGAGCAGUACGACCGACUCCGCGAGGAGCUCAACUGGCAAGGGUCCGGAUUCCCGACGCUGCGAAGGUACGAAGUUCAGUUCGUCGAGGCGUCGAUCGCGUACGCGCGCGGCGAGCCCGUCGUCACGGACGAGGAGUACGAAGACUUGAAGAGGAAGGUCAAGGCUGAGGGCAAGCGCGACGACGUCACCGCGCUGCUUCUCUACACGAAGGGCCAGGAGCUCCUCGACCCGGCGCAAUUUUUACGCCUCAAGGAUGAGAUGGCGAAGCUCGACGUCGACGUCGGUCUCCGCGGCGCGACGUGCACGAUGUCUAAGACGUCGGACAAGCUCACGAGCGACAGCAGCGCGGUCACGAAGAUGUACCUCGCCAUCGGCGCGGUGCCGACGGUCUUGGGUUUGACGCCGUACGUCUUGGGGUCGAUCUUCGGGUUUGAUAUUCCGUUCACGGCGGGCGUCGGCUUUGGCCUAACCGUCGGCGCGUUGCUCACGGCGUCCAUCGUCAACUACACCGGGUUACAGAACGCGGAGAUCGUGAAGGGCGAGUGCCCGUGCUGCGAGAACGAGAUCAAGCAGUUCUUCGGCGGCGAGUCCCCGGAGAACAGCGUGGAUUACAAGUGCGGCGUGUGCGGGACGACGUCGAAGCUCAACAGGACGACGAUGAAGAUCGACCAGGCGGGCGGCAUCAAGGCGGCGUGAACCACCGAACGAGAAGACGACCAGGGGCUCGUAGGGUUUGUUGGGUGUAUUAGGAAUGUGGUUUUUUUGACGAUGUCGUGGAUUGAUCGCGCGGCGCGGCGUGAUCGCGGGCGGUGGUGUUGGGAUGGAUGGAGGAUCGCGCGGCGGCGUCGAAUCGAAUCGCGGGCCCGGGAGAGGGGGCCGCGACUCGACGUCGACGACGACGACGCGACGCGAUUUUUCGGAUGGAUAAAUAACCAAAGUUGAAUUGACGCGCGGCGGCGACGACGCGCGACGAGGAGGACGGCGAGCGAGGUCUCCACUCGAUAGAGUAGAGAGAGAUUCCGCGGACGGUACCGUAGUGAUAGCGCGAGCGAGCGAGCGAGCGAGUUUAAAAUGAAGCGAGCGCACUACAGG